AUGCUGGGGCAAAUGGGGUCCUUCGCUCGGCCGAGCGCCGACCUAGGGGAUGUUCUCGAUCUGUAUUUGCAUGGCUAUGUCUCGUCACGCGUUAUGAAUCUAUCUCGAGACCCCUCCUCCCCUGAAGAGAACAAGGGGCUACCCCUUUGCGUUGCUGCCAGCCACGUCGACGGACUGGUUCUAGCUCUGACACCAAACGCCCACAGCUACAACUACAGAUCGGCAGUGCUGUUCGGCCACGCCACCGUGGUCGAAGACGUCGACGAGAAACUGUACGCCAUGGAGCUCAUCACUGACGGCGUAGUACCGCAGCGCUGGGCCAACACUCGUGUGCCGCCCAACAAAGCAGAGAUGAGCAGCACCAGUGUGCUGCGCGUCCGAAUCUCCAAUGGUAGUGCAAAGAUCCGAUCGGGCCCUCCGAGCGAUGAUAAGGGUGACAAGGACGACCGUGAUGUCGUGAGCAGCGUGUGGGCUGGUGUUGUCCCUGUCCAUACUACCCUUGGGGAGCCGAUCCCCGGCCCGUACAACGAGGUCGGCAAGGUGCCGGAGUAUCUAGCAGAGUGGAGGAAAGGUUACAACCAGGCAGCACAUGAAGAGGCUAUCACUGCUGCGAACACGGUGAUGCAACCAAAGAAGAGUAAGGACGAUGAUGAAUAA